AUGCGAGCAAAUGUAUCGCUCCUCUCGGUACCUCGAGCAUCAGGCAAGACACUCUGCCCUCGACCACUUUCCCUUCCCUCAGCUUCGCGGUCUUCGAUCAAUCAUCAUCCUCGCUCAUUACAUACACCUCCUUCCUCGCUUGUCGGUAGAGACGUCCGUACCUCACCAUGCAAUCCUCAAGCCAUUCUCUUAAGCAGGACAUCAGUCGGCGGGACAAGGAACCACUCAUCUUCUCCUGCUGUCGAACCUCCAGCGGCCAUACCUGAAAUCAGCGAAGAAAACAGUUAUGAUAUAGUCAUCAUCGGAGGGGCUAACGCAGGAUUGGCAUUUGCCUGUGCUUUAUUAUCUCAACCUACAAUAUCAUCCACAACCAAAAUCCUAUUACUUGAGGGAUCAUCUCUGGACAAAACUCGAAAUUGGUCUGGAGAGGGAGACUGGGAGAAUAGGAUAAGUAGUUUGACUUGGGAAAAUAUUUCAUGGUUGGAAACUAUAGGCGUUUGGAAACAUAUUGAACAGAGUCGAUCUUGUCCGGUAGAAGAGAUGAUUAUUUGGGCGAAUCCCUCUCCCAAUUCUUUCCCCACUAUCCACUUCCCACCGCUUGGUCAUCCGAUGGCGAGAAUGACGGAGAAUAUGAACCUCCAACGAGCCCUGCUGCGACGUAUAGAGGAGAUCGGAAAGGGUAAAGUAGAUCUCAAAGAGGGUAAGAAAGUACAGGAAAUGAGGCUGGGUGAAGGUCAGAGAUGGGUAGGGUUGAGGGUGGGGGAGACGGAAUGGAUUAAAGGUAGUUUGGUGGUCGGCGCAGACGGACCCAACUCUCCCGUCCGAUUGUUUUCGAAAAUUGAGACGUACGGCCACGCCUACCAGACUCAUGCAGUAGUAGCGACCCUCAAUCAUCCCCCUUCACCACUCUACCCUAAUACGACAGCUUUCCAGCGAUUCCUCCCUACCGGUCCCAUCGCAUUCCUCCCAUUAAGCUCCGAAGCUUCAACGAUGGUUUGGUCAACCUUACCUCUUCAUGCCGCUGCCCUCAAAAGACUAUCUCCAGAGGCGUUGACAUUGAUGGUCAAUUGUGGAUACCAAUUACCUGAAUCUACACUGACCGCUCUCACCGAUGAGAUGAUCCGGGCCGAUCAACUCGGUCAACCAUUUUCCGCAAAUCGGAUAAACGAACUACUAGCUUCGUUACCUAUACCUGGUAAUACAGUAGGAGAGACGGACCAACCUAUCUUACCUCCUACAAUCACAUCCAUCCAUGCUCCCUCGGUAGCUUCAUUCCCUCUUCGUCUCUCCCACGCGAACGAAUAUUUAGGACAGAGAACUGCAUUAGUAGGUGAUGCGGCACAUACGAUCCACCCAUUAGCUGGACAAGGUUUGAAUCAAGGCUUAGCGGAUGUAAGAUGUUUAGCGGAGGUGUUAGAAAAUACAUGGAAGUUAGGUGGUGAUUUGGGUAGUAUAACUAGCUUAGCUGAUUAUCCCCGUGAGAGAUAUCCUCUAAAUCACUUGAUACUGUCGACAACAGAUAAAUUACAUUAUAUAUUCAGAGCGAGGAAUGGAAUUGUAAAUUGGUUUAGAGGAACGGGAUUGGAAAUCAUAAAUGAAUUAGGACCGUUAAAGAAAUUGUUAAUGGGUGGAGCAGGUGCUCAACCGAAUAUAACCACUCGAGGUGAACUUAGUAAGAGCAGGAAAGAUGAUGAGAGGGAAUUUGGAAGGGUUAGAGGUGCAGGAGAUGAAUUGGGGCAGAUUGGUGGAUGGCAGAUGACCGCUGCGAACGGAGUGGAAAGUUGGUUUACAAUCAAGGGAGUCGCGAAGAUGGCGGGCGAAGUGGGAGUGGGGUUGGUAAGAGAGGGUAUGAGAAAGGCUGUUGGUGCGUUAGAUCAUAGGAAUAAGUAG